GAGCCAGUUCGCCGGCAGACUCGGCCGCAGGUAGCCGCGGCGCGCAUUUUCUCGUGACGGCCUGAAGAGGGUAGAGGAGGGGGGAGGAUAGAUAAUACACGCACGAGGCAUGGACGAACACCUCGGAUUCUCCUGAACAGCCAGAACAGCUGUCCGCGCCGGUUCGAGUGUGUGUGCGAGUGCGUGGUGUUCCACUCCCGGGUGUCGGUUCCCGCCAAUUUUUUAUUUUUUUUUUCAAGAGAAGGCGCGUCGGACGCCGAGCCUGGGAUAAAAAAAAUCGCAGCGAUGAAGAGCUUCAAGACUCUGGUGUUCCUCGCUGUGGCGACUGUCGCCUGCGGUCACUACCACCAGCCAGAACAACAACAACAACAACAACAACAACAACAACAACAACAACAACAACAACAACAGCGCUACCACGGCCAUCACCACAGAGGCUUCCGCUACCGCGUCGUGACGUCUUCUUCUUCUUCGGCGGCGGCGGCGGCGGGGGAGUCUUCAGCGGCGGCGGUUGCGGCAUCUUCAGCGUCUUCCUCGGAGGCGUCAAGCGACGCCAGGGCGGUGGUGUACAUCAGCAAGAUGAAGCCCGGGAGACACGUGUGCUCGCACCACAAGGAUGUCUCCCAGACUGUGGCCAGGCGGCAGCCGUACAGCAAGCGCUCCUACAAGACCUACACGCAGCCCUGUGAGAACAACCAAGUGUGCCACGCAGUCAGGGCGGUGUACCACACGGCGUACAGGACUGUGUACGACACGCAGCCGACCCGACAGACGUCCUACCACUGCUGUCCCGGCUGGACGCAGCUCAGCAAGUUCAACACGGGCUGCAUGAUAGCAGCCGUCUGCGCGGUGACAUGCGGUAAUGGGGGAUCAUGCGUCAAGCCAGACACCUGUGCCUGUCCGCCGGGAUACACUGGCGCCUCCUGUGAGACAGACAUCGACGAGUGCGAGAGCAAGCCGUGCGACCAGAAGUGCAGCAACACCCCGGGCAGCUUCCAGUGCCACUGCAGGGAGGGCUUCACCUUACUGGCCGACGGCCGGUCCUGUCGCAGCGAAGGCAGGAUAGCAACUGAAGCCAAAGAUCUCAAUGAAGUGGAAAUUUUGGCCAAACGAGUUCAGAAACUUGAACAGGAGACAGACACAGAAACAUCGUCCGAAACAGUCUCAGAACUGCACAAGAAGAUAGAAACGAUCACAGACAGAGUUCGGAUUCUCAAGAACCAACUGAACAGUAUUGUGCGGGAACAAGAUGAGCAGAGGCGGAUGCUGGAGCUGUGGAGACGCUCGGAGCCCGCGAUACAGCGCAUCUCGCCGCUGUGCAAGCAGGUGUCCGUCAUCCAAGAGCGCCUGGACCAGUGUCAUUGCAGAAGCAGUUAUUGGGACACGAUAAUUUCCUAGCAUCCAACAAGAAAACAAAUUUAUUAAAAAGCACAUUACUGCCAUUCCUUAAGUGAAAAAAAAAGUGUUUUUUUACAGAGUGAGUAAUCAAAUCGUGUAAACUAAUAAUAAUGCAGGUAAAUUAUUGUAUUGCCCUAAUGUGGUAUGAAAAUCAUUUGUAGGAUAUGGUUUCAAAAAAAAUUGCAAGUUGCGGUAGAGGCGAGAGAAAGACGAUAAAAAAUUCCGUGUGGAAUUACGUUCACGCGCAAGUGAAGAACUUUAAACACUUAACAGUCUUAAAUUGUGUAACCAAAAAAAUAUUGUAAAAUAGGAAAUUUAUUCUAUUAGUAUAUUAGGUGAUAAGUAGUCUUGCAGUGAUGGGUAGUCCUCAUUUAGUAAAAUACGGCCAGGUAAAAAAAAAACAAACACCCAGGCUGGCCAAAAAAAUUUAUUUAAAAAAAAAAAAUAGAAAA